CAGAUAACAGGCUGUGUUGCCCUCCGCUGGCCAUGCGGAACCCCGCCAUCUGGGGCCGAGGACAGACUGAGAGCGGGGAUCACCAUUGGAGGAAUUCCUGGGCACUGCUGAUGGCUUCAGGCCCUGGAUUCCUGGGGGCAGCUGGGUGUGCCUGUACUUCUGUUGACUGUACGUUAGACGGAGCCUCCACACUGUCCUGCUCCAACAGGUCCAGCCAGAUGGCACUUUCCAGUAAGGAAUGCUUUUACACCAACCAUCAACUGGAGUCUGAGCGGAACGACAGCAUGGAUGAUCCAGCUGACCAACGUACUUGCCUUAUCUGUGGAGACCGUGCCACAGGCCUGCACUAUGGCAUCAUCUCCUGUGAGGGCUGCAAGGGCUUCUUCAAGAGGAGCAUCUGCAACAAGCGUGUGUACCGCUGCAGCCGCGACAAGAACUGCGAGAUGUCACGCAAGCAGCGCAACCGCUGCCAGUACUGCCGCCUGCUCAAGUGUCUGCAGAUGGGGAUGAACCGCAAAGCAAUCAGAGAGGAUGGCAUGCCAGGAGGGAGGAACAAAAGCAUCGGGCCUGUUCAGAUCACAGAGGAGGAGAUAGAGCGGAUCAUGUCGGGGCAGGAGUUCAAGGAGGACGUCCCGGAGCACACCUGGGGCAACAACGGAGACAGUGACCACAGCUCGCCCAGCAACGGAGCGUCGGAGGGCAACCAGCCGUCCCCCGCCUCCACCCUGUCCUCCAACCGCUCUGUGGAGAUGAACGGCUACACGGCGGCCCUCAGAGACCAGUACAUCAACAACUCCAUGUCCACACACUACCAGCUUCUGCCCCACCUGUUCAGCUACGCCGCGCAGUCGGGCCUGCUGGCCCCCCAGCCCCGCAGCCUCUACCCCCAGUCCCACCCCCUGGUGCUGCAGCUGGUGGCCGCUGAAGACCUGGCCCCCCUGGCAACCCCCAUGCUCAUAGAAGACGGGUACAAAGUGACCCAGGUGGAGCUGUUCGCUCUGCUGUGCCGCCUGGCAGACGAGCUGCUCUUCCGCCAGAUCUCCUGGAUCAAGAAGCUGCCGUUCUUCUGCGAGCUCUCCAUAGAGGACUACACCUGCCUGCUGAGCUCCACCUGGCAGGAGCUCAUCCUGCUCUCCUGCCUCACCAUCUACAGCGCACAGAUCUUUGGAGACCUGGCCGACGUCACCGCCAAGUACACGCCGUCUGACGACGAGCUGCAGGGAUUCAGCGAGGACGGGAUGGAGGUGAUGGAGAGGUUGAUUUAUCUCUUCCGCAAGUUCCACCAGCUGAAGAUCAGUAAUGAGGAGUAUGCCUGCAUGAAAGCCAUCAACUUCCUCAACCAAGAUAUCCGAGGACUGUCCAACACCUCGCAGCUGGAGCAGCUCAACAAGCGCUACUGGUACGUGUGUCAGGACUACACGGAGUACAAGUACCCGCACCAGCCCAAACGCUUCCCCGAGAUUAUGAUGUGUCUCCCGGAGAUCCGCUGCAUCGCAGGGAAGCUGGUGAACGUCCCCCUGGAGCAGCUCCCCCUCCUGUUCAAAGCAGUCUUGCACUCCUGCAAAUCCAGCCUGAGCAGCUAGAGGAGCGCCCCCCCACCCUGCGGGACCGCCUCCUCCGGAAACUAGACACCCCCCCCUGACCCUCCGAGGCGAGGGACUGGUCUCCCCUCUUGUGAAUGUGACAAGCAGCUAGUUUGUUUUUUGUAACUUUUUUCUUUCUAUAUUUAUUACUCGACAGAGCUGAAUGUAUGCUGAUUUACACUGUGCACAUGCUUCUGUACAAAACAAAUGCUCGUAGAUGCAUUGGUCUUUGGAGUUUACAAGUGUGUAUCCAGUUUGCUCAAUGUGUCAGUGUUGCUAUUGUUAGAGCUAGACUUUAAAAGAGUUUAUUUUAUUCAGACGGGGGCGGAUAGACAUAUGUGACGAGUGUUUGAGAAUACCUCAGGGAAAUGUUGUUCAGGUACCUUUUCUUUCUGUUAGAUGAAGAGUUCCCUGGUCAAAAACCAAUUCCCCCAAUCAGAUACUGAGUGUCCACGGGAGCUGCAUAAUCAAAGAUUGAACCAGUGUUUAGCUUCACUGAAAAGGCAAAAGUUGAGCUUCUAUCUGCAUGGACUCAGUCAUCCUGCUCCAUGGGAGGCGGUCGUGUCAGUUUAACAUUCCAUGGGUUAAGGUGACAGUUGGAUCUGCGGGUUCUUUAUUGAAAAAAGGAGCAUACGGGUAUUUUUUACAAUCAUAGACUGGGGAUGUAAGGCUUUAUUGUGGGGAAGGGGAUUGUAGUUAGGUUUGCUGUUUUUAGUUGUAUUGUUUUCCCUUUUUGACCAAAGUGUUAUGCAAUGCUUUUUUCCCCACUGAUGGGUUGGGGGCUAAUAGCUCCACAAAAAAGAUUUCUUAUCAAUGAAGGAUCAGGAUAAGAAAUGAAUCAAUCUGUGUCAGAGGGGAGACCCCCUGCUGGGCAGACGAGCGUGUUGCCGGAUUUCAUUCUAAAUGCUGCUAAACAUGCACAAAUUCUUGUGCACACAUAUAUGCAUAGAGCAGAUGUGAUGAGAUUGUAUUUCCCUCCGAUUCUUUCAGACGGCUUGUUUUCCGUCUGCUCCCUUCAGUGCCAGGACCUUGAUGCAUUGUAGCCUCGACAAACUAUUUAGGGUUCUCUGUUGGGUUAAAGGGGAAGUUUGUGAAAUCUUGGAUUUGACUAAUUAUUCAGAACAAAGCAAAGGUCAGAGAGCCAAUGCUUGGUGUUUUGAACAGGUAGAGAUCUUCAUGGGUCAAAUAAGUCAACCUGACCUACUAGAACCAAAAUGGAAGUGACAACAAACACUUGGCGUAGAAUGCUAGCUUCUGUUAGCUCAUCCAGCUUCAAACCCAGAUUAAAAACCACUGGUCCGUUCAAAAGUCUCAUUGGGCAGUUUUAGAGGAACUUGGACUGUUUUCGGGUCUUGUCAGGUCCAAUCAAACUUUUGCACAGACCCAAGACCAGAAUCAGUUAAAGUUGGACCGGAUCCAGAUCCAAGAAGCCCUAGAACGUGUGGAGCUGAGCUUCAGGUCCGAUUGUUUAUUGGCUAAGGUUGGCCAAAAGACCAAUAACCUUAAUGAACUGUCUAAUAAAAGUUUGCAGAUGAUCAGUUUAAAGGAUGCAUCUUCUGGCAGUGUCUCACUGGGGUCGAGGUUCAGAGUUGAAGUGACUUUCCUCUGGCUUCCAUACCCUCUGUGACAGAUAUGCACAUUGUUUAAGCCAUAUAGGAAAUGGUCUUUUAUUUUUGAAGUAUGAGAUGAUAAUUUCAAGCCGCCUGAGGCGUCUCCUUGACUCCUCGGGUUCUUUGUCAUUUCAUGAUGUACGAACAAUUUGAAAUGCAUCUUUGCAUCUCUCUUUUUUUGCACAUGACGGUGGGGUUCGGAGACCUUGACCUUUGACCCUGGCCCAUGCCCGCCAUGCCAUGUUCCUCUCUCAGGUCCCUGCAGACCUGAAUCUAAACAGGGUAAAGUUAGUGUUAUGUAUUGCAUUCGGGAGUUCCUCAGUGACCAUGCUGGUGUACUUCUAGUAGAUGUAGAUGUAGGUUCCAGGACAUUGUAGGUCCUAAGUAGAAAAGUGUUCCCCCCCCCCUUCAUUCAGUGGAUGCAGUUUGAAGAUUAGACCUGCAGGGGGAGUUUUCCUCUGGGUGUGGGUGAUGGACGGAGAGGUGCCUCCUGCAGCCCCUUCUCAUCUUUUGAUUUUUAUACAGUGUCAUGUUCCUUUUUAGUUAUGAUGUUAAUGUUUUGGAUUUUUGUAGUUUUUCACAUAUUCAUUGUCUUUUGUGUGGACAGGGCAGUGAAGACAGCCCUUGUCAUUUUCUAAAUUUUGAAUGAAUGCUUAACUUUUUUUGGACAUGAUUUCUAGUAACUGAUUCCUUUGUCCACCGUAUUUUAUGAAAUGGUGAUAUACAGGCCAUGUGAGCCAUGUCUCACAUGGACUUGACAUCUUAUGUAUUUUGAAUCAUUUUACAAUGCAAAAGUGAUGCUUUGGAGCCAUCUGUGGUUCCAAACCUGAAUUAAAUUACACUAAUGUUCUACCACCUGGAUUCUAAGAGCAGCUAAGACGGGUGUGGACAAUAUUUCUCUCACUAUUUAGUCAAAUGUGCAUCAUGCAUCACACAGGCUUCUGAGGUUUAAGGGUCAUUUCACCUAAAUGACACAACGCAUUCAAUAUGUUUUCACCUUCAGGUUUAGUUUGACCUGCCAUCUUCUCUACAAAUGGAUGGUGUAUGGAAUUGAGCUUGUUUUGGGCUGGAAGCAGAAACUGGCAGACCAACACCUCCAAAUCUAACCGCCAGGUUAAACUGCCGGUAAGUGAGAAAGUAUUUGAGUGUCCAUGUCUUUUGUUGAAUUGAACCUAAAAACCACAUAAUCUCAGGGAUAUCUUCUUUAUGUAAAAGAAAGUCUGUGCGAUGCGAUGUAUCUUCAAAACAGAACCAGCUCCCCCAGACAUCCUCCUCCACUGUUGGGAAUACGGCUUCAGUUUAGUUUCAAAAGUUGAAAUAAAUAUCAGGUGUUGGUGUCAGACUGUGAGAGCUGCCACUGUGGCUUCACGCUGUAGCAGGGUGGUCACUUCAUCUCAAAGUAACUGUAGGAAUGCUGACCAUCAGAGUGCUGAGAUCUGACAGUGGAAGAGGAUAUGGAGGGGGGUCUUUCUUUAAUGUACAGCUGUGACUUCCUACCUGUCAUAUUUUGAAACACGUGCUGAAGAAGUCUUCUUUUUUAUUUUCUGUAUUGUUUUUUGCAGUCGAGGGAUAUGUCCUUUGCAAUUUAUCUACUGAAACUACCUCUUUAUUUGUCAUCAUGUUACUUACUUUCAAAUAGAUGCAUUUGUUGUCUUAUUUAUUGGUUUCAUUGCACCAAUGUUCUAUUAUUGCUGUCUCUUUUGUCCACACAGUGACCUCUCAGAUGAAUGAAACGCUCGGAUACCUGUUUUCUUAAUGUUUAUUUUUUGUAAUGUGUAAACAUGUUGCCUCAUAAUCCUCUCUACCUCAGAUUGGCCUGCUGUCAGCAGCUUUAUCUCCUCUGACCUCUGGCUGUCUCUCAUCCUCUACCUCUCCUCUCUUUUUUCAUUCAUUUCAUGUCAAAUUAGCGUCAUCUUUAUUUCACUUUAGCCCUGUUAAUCGUAAGUCCAAUACCAAUGAUGAAAGAAUGACUGUCAGUGUUCUGAUGAAGCAUGGCAUAAUGCAUUCUUGUUGCAGCAACCAGUGCUUUAUUUUGUGUUGACUUUUUCCGAAAACGCCUUGGUACCCUGUGAAUGGCUGUUAUUCCUCUGUGCUCCAUGAUUGUUCAUUGGUAAGAAAAACAUGGAGUGCUAGCUGUUUCAUAUCAGACUCGGUCAAUGCAGCUAGUGCGGGAUCAUCCACCGUGUUUACGCGCCUCGCUCGCUGCGGCACGGGACUACAGAUAACCGUCUUAUCUCUGGGGUUGGACAUGGAUGGCUUUUGAACAAAUGCUGCCAGCCUAAAUGACUGAUGUGUGACGUCAUGACUCCCAACUAUUGUAAUAAUCUUCCCAACAUUCUGGGUCAGAUUUGCAUUUUUGCAAAGAUAAGAUGCAGGUUGUAAAGGAGCACGUUAAAGGCAUACUUCAACCCUAAAAUGACAGUCUCUGUCAAUGACCCGCCCCCUGUUACCUUGCAUUGAUGAAGAAAGUCUCUCACAUGCCUCCACUGUGAAGGAAAAAGCCAGUCUUGAUGAAUGAAAGUAAAUAGGGUAAGAGCUGAAUUCAACAACAGCCUAACAAACAAGUACAUUAUUUUAAUCAAUUUAUUUGGCUGCUGAGGUCAGGGAGGACCCAUCAUCCAGCUGUCCUAUAACAGGCCAGUUCGGCAAAGCCACAUGUCCAGCCCCCCCACGUCAGAACUGUCAGAAACCUGAGAAGAGGAGCUCUGCAGCACUCGGUUACAGAAAGAGCUUGUCAUUGUUGAAUGUUUCGAUACGAAGUCAUGACAUUCAUAAUGUUCAGCAACAAGCAUUUAGUUGCUGCAUACUAUCACAGCUCUUACUAUGACCAUGCGCUCCAAAGCUCCUCUGUUCAGACCCUGCUGUCAGGUCUGAGCCCCCUGCCCCGCUGGAGUCCAGCGGGGCAGCAGCACACGAGGAGAGAGGGUGGGAGAAGUCAAGAACAAUCGUGACAUAUCUCAGGGAAGAAAGAGAUUCACACACCGUCAUCACCUGUGAACAGACAAUUGAAAUGCUUUUCUCUUCAGAAAUCUCUUGUCUGCUAUUGUUACUUUAACUACCUGUUAAGAAUGUGAUCCAUUACGUAUUAAAAGCAUGUUUAGAAUGUGUUAGAACUUGAAACCAAAUAAAUGUGGACGUUAUGCAAAUGUA